ACUUCACAUCCCCUUUCCCCUUUCCAUAUCACAAAUAUGUUUAGGAUCCUUUUAGCUGUCUUUCUUCUCACUUCAAUAACUUACAUGUCAUAUGUCGAGGCAUGUCCGCGAUGUGGCAAUGUGGAAAUCCCUUACCCUCUUAGCACUAGAGAUGGUUGUGGAGACUCUAGGUACAAAAUCUAUUGCAACAAUGAUGUCCUAGAGUUCAUGUCAGCCGAAGGGUUUUACUAUAGGAUCUUAAGCAUCAACCCGUUUGCUUCCAGGCUCGUCUUAAGCCCACCUUUGAUACAGAGCCAUUCAUGUUCAUCUUCCGACCUUGGGAUAGGAGGCAUUAGACUUGACGAUGGUUCUCCCUUCAACAUUUCAACCCGUAACACUGUCAUGUUGUUCAACUGCUCCGCCAACAUCCUUUUGUCGCCCCUGAACUGUUCCUCCAAUAGCUUUUGUCGCAAGUUUGAAGCUCUAGAUGUGGGGAGUGGAUGCAAGGACACCCUUUGUUGUCAUUACUUGAAAGAUUCAUCUAUGAAUUCUCACAAGAUUAGGGUUCGGUUUGGAGGGUGCACUGCUUACACAUCGGUGAUCGAUGUGAGGCCCAACGAUCCUGCCGAGGCCUGGAAUUAUGGCAUUGAGCUGCAAUGGGAGGCUCCUCACCUAUGACCUUUAUCGUCUCUCAGCUCCAACCAACUUCAUGUCUAUUAUUAAUCUUGUUCUCUCCUUCCAGUGUUAGUGUUGGUGAUAGUGUAAUCUUCCAUGUUCAUGUUUCACCUUACUAGUGCGUUCAUCUUGUUUCUGGCUUCCCAAUUUCAUAGUUAUGCAUCGAUUUCAAUGUUGGAAUCUACAAUGACCCGUUAUAAUGUGGUAUCGAAGGAUGUGCUAGUUUGAAAUAAGAAUUAUGUUUAAGG